AUGUUUGGCAGCCUCUCACACAUCAUUCCCCCGGUGCCUCCGCCGGCCGAGGGCCCACCCAAGGAUGUUCCAGCACCCACGCCCAUUGACCUUCCGCAAUGCCGGCCAAGGGCGUCCGAGGGCCGAUCAGGUGCGCCCAGGGACUCGGCAGGUGCGCCGGCACCCCAUCUGACGUCCAUCCUGCAGAGCCUGGUACGCCCGCCCGAUCAGGUUGACGUGGCCCAUCUUGAGGCCCUCGGUGUCGAUGUGACCGCAGACGUGCCACUCACAGAGCUCGUGCCAGACCUUUCGUGCCUGCCAGACUUUGAUAGGUGGGACACCCUGUCUCGUGAAGAGGCACACAUUUGUGACUCCGAGUCCCGUCCAAAGCUGGAAAAUGGAAGACUGGCGUCCGGGCCGUCCAAGUAUGUCGAUCUCCGGCAGAGUCUGGCUACUGACAACGAGAGGGCCUUCCGGGCUGUAAGGAGGGUCGCGCCCAAGCCUGGUGAGCAGUAUGUGAGGCUUGGUUACUGUCACGAGUUCUUCCGUCACCUCGAGUCUCUGACUGGUUUCUGGGAUGACACCUCGAAACCGAAACCCGCGGAUCCAACGGGAGACAAGCCUCCAGAAGGCGGCGACGAGAAUUACGGCUGGUAUCGCACAAGUGCCGGCAAUGUCAUGCCGGCCCAGUAUCGAACCCAGCUGCUCACGUCCUUCCUGAAGUUGAUCAUCUACGACUUCACAUGUAAUGUCAUGACACGGCAAGAGCCACGUCUGUACAUCCAAUCGCCCGCCGCACAAUCUCAGUGCGGGUCACCAGCCCAGCCCCGGCGACACUCGUACUUCUCGUCCGGCUGCAACUUCAUUUUCCGCAUGCCCACAGACCGUGAGUCCGCCAAGCGCGGGAUCGUUGAGGGCCCCAUCGCCGCAGUCAGCCCGCGGCACACCACCGUCUUCCCGCCGCACGGUCGCGAGCGCGAGUCCGUCAUCGACCUGUCGAGGGAGGUGAUCGCUGCACUCAUUACGGCACAGCACCGGGCGCGUGAGGGCCGCACGGAGGUGCGCCCCGGCAAGGACGCGUGGUGGACGACGAGGCCGCGCUGGGGUGGCGGGCCGGGCGGGCCCAUCGGCAAGGAGGCCGAGGCUCUCGAGGCCAAGGAUGCGUCGGCCGUGCUGCUCGGCGACAAGGACGAGCGGCCGGUGGACGCGGGGCGGUCCGUGGCGGCCGAGGGUGACCCCGGCGGCGUCGGCGCCGUGGCGUCUCCGCCCCAGGGCCCCGUCAUCAGCCCGCGGCAGUACAUGCUGCCGCCGCCGCCGAGGUCGUCGUCGCGGUCCUUCACGGGCCAGCAGCAGCCGCCGCACCCCAAGCGCCCCAGGAAGGGCCUCGCCGUCUACGACGCGUACAGGAUGGUGCGGCCGCCCGCGAUGCACUGGGACCCCAAGACGAGGUACACGCCCGUGGGGCGACGGCGUGGGGCCGACCACGACGACGUCUUCGUCAUCUCGUCGCUGUUCCACCACAUCUCGGUCCUGCGCGUCAGGGUGCCCGACCGCCUACUGCAGGUGCUGGACGGCGCCCCGACCCCGGACGGCAGGGACUGGGGCACGGUCCGGGUGUGGCGGACGCGGUGGCUUGACUUCUUCAUUCCCGAGGAUAGGGUCGAGGCCAUGAAGGCCGUCUGGGCCGUGGCUGCUUAUGCCAUGAGGGCGGUGGAUGGGGAAGGGGGUUCGGGCGGCGGGAUGGACGUGGACCCCCCGAGGGCAUAG